GCUCCGGCGUUUGGGGCAGCAGCCACCCGGGAGUCUUCGCGAGAGCCACCGGGAACUCGGUCGUUGCGGGCCGUAGGGGGCAGCAGCCUGGCUGGAGAUUACUUCUGUAACUGGAUCUCCAGUUUGCUCAACAAAGCGGAAUGUCCCGAUUGCGACAACCCCCCCUUGUGACAGGCAUCUCUCCAAAUGAAGGAAUACCAUGGACAAAAGUCAUAAUUAGAGGAGAAAACCUGGGGACUGGCCCAACUGACCUCAUUGGUUUGACAAUUUGUGGACAUAAUUGCCUUCUGACGGCAGAAUGGAUGUCUGCGAGUAAAAUAGUAUGCCGAGUAGGACAAGCUAAAAAUGACAAAGGAGACAUUAUUGUCACAACCAAGUCAGGUGGCAAAGGAACCUCAACAGUGUCUUUCAAGCUACUCAAACCUGAAAAAAUAGGUAUUUUGGAUCAGUCUGCUGUGUGGGUUGAUGAAAUGAAUUAUUAUGAUAUGCGUACUGACAGGAAUAAAGGAAUUCCUCCCUUGUCUCUGCGCCCUGCUAAUCCACUUGGCAUUGAGAUUGAAAAAAGUAAAUUUCCCCAGAAGGACUUAGAAAUGCUGUUUCCUGGAAUGAGUGCUGAUUUUACAAGUGAGAAUUUUUCAGCUGCCUGGUAUCUUAUAGAAAACCACUCAACUACCAGUUUUGAACAGCUUAAAAUGGCAGUCACCAACUUGAAGAGACAGGCUAACAAGAAAAGUGAAGGCAGCCUGGCAUAUGUGAAAGGAGGUCUUAGUACUUUCUUUGAAGCUCAGGAUGCCCUCUCAGCUAUCCAUCAAAAACUAGAAGCGGAUGGAACGGAAAAAGUAGAAGGAUCCAUGACGCAAAAACUGGAGAAUGUUCUGAACAGAGCAAGUAAUACUGCAGACACAUUAUUUCAAGAAGUAUUAGGUCGAAAGGACAAGGCAGAUUCCACUAGAAAUGCACUCAAUGUGCUUCAGCGAUUUAAGUUUCUCUUCAACCUUCCUCUGAAUAUUGAAAGGAAUAUUCAAAAGGGUGAUUAUGAUGUGGUUAUUAAUGAUUAUGAAAAGGCCAAGUCACUCUUUGGGAAAACGGAGGUGCAGGUUUUCAAGAAAUAUUAUGCUGAAGUAGAAACACGGAUUGAAGCUUUAAGAGAAUUACUUCUGGAUAAAUUGCUUGAGACACCAUCAACUUUACAUGACCAAAAACGUUAUAUAAGGUACCUGUCUGACCUUCAUGCACCAGGUGAUCCUGCUUGGCAGUGUAUUGGUGCCCAACACAGGUGGAUCCUUCAGCUCAUGCACAGCUGCAAAGAGGGUUAUAUACAAGAUUUGAAAGGUACCCCAAGCCUUCACAGUCCCAUGUUGGAUCUGGACAGUGAUACACGUCCCUUGGUGUUGGGUCACCUUAGUCAGACAGCGUCAUUGAAGAGGGGCAGCAGCUUUCAGUCUGGUCGAGAUGACACAUGGAGAUACAAAACUCCUCACCGGGUAGCAUUUGUUGAAAAAUUGACCAAGCUCGUUUUAAGUCAGCUGCCUAACUUCUGGAAACUCUGGAUUUCAUAUGUUAAUGGAAGCCUUUUCAGUGAGACUGCAGAGAAAUCAGGCCAGAUUGAAAGAUCAAAGAAUGUAAGGCAAAGACAAAAUGAUUUUAAGAAAAUGAUUCAAGAAGUAAUGCACUGUCUUGUGAAGUUGAUCCGCGGAGCCCUGCUCCCACUUAGCAUCCCCGAGUGUGGACUGAGGCAGUAUGGAGGCUGGGAGGUGAAGUCUGAGCUCUCAGGACCGUGGCUGGCUCAUGUCAUUCAGACCAUAAGGCUUACUUAUGAAUCAUUGACUGCCCUUGAAAUUCCUAAUGACAUGUUACAGACUAUCCAGGAUCUCAUUUUGGAUCUCCGAGUACGUUGUGUGAUGAUCACAUUGCAACAUACAGCAGAAGAAAUAAAGAGAUUAGCUGAAAAGGAAGACUGGAUUGUUGAUAAUGAAGGACUGACUUCUCUUCCCUGUCAGUUUGAACAGUGCAUUGUACAUUCUUUGCAGUCACUUAAAGGAGUUCUAGAGUGUAAGCCUGGAGAAGCCAGUGUCUUUCAACAACCUAAAACACAGGAGGAGGUUUGUCAGCUAAGCAUCAAUAUCAUGCAGAUUUUUAUAUACUGUCUGGAACAGUUGAGCACUAAGCCUGAUGCAGAUGUAGAUACUACACACCUUUCUGUUGAUGUAUCUUCUCCUGAUUUGUUUGGAAGUAUCCAUGAAGACUUCAGUUUGACUUCUGAACAGAGACUUUUGAUAGUCCUAAGUAACUGCUGCUACCUAGAACGUCACACCUUCCUAAAUAUAGCAGAACAUUUUGAAAAGCACAACUUCCAGGGAAUAGAAAAAAUAACACAGGUUAGCAUGGCCUCAUUGAAAGAAUUAGACCAAAGGCUCUUUGAAAAUUACAUUGAGUUAAAAGCAGAUCCUAUCGUUGGCUCCUUAGAACCUGGAAUUUAUGCAGGCUAUUUUGAUUGGAAAGACUGCCUGCCACCAACAGGUGUCAGAAACUAUUUAAAAGAAGCAUUGGUGAAUAUAAUUGCUGUGCACGCAGAGGUGUUCACUAUUUCCAAAGAAUUGGUACCUCGAGUUUUAUCCAGGGUGGUGGAAGCAGUUUCUGAAGAGCUAAGUCGACUGAUGCAGUGUGUUUCAUCCUUCAGCAAAAAUGGAGCAUUACAGGCACGGCUUGAAAUCUGUGCUUUGAGGGAUACUGUGGCUAUUCACCUGACACCUGAAAGCAAGUCUAGUUUUAAACAGGCUUUGGAAGCUCUGCCUCAGCUCUCAAGUGGAGCAGAUAAAAAGUUACUGGAAGAGCUGCUGAACAAGUUCAAGAGUAGCAUGCAUUUGCAGCUCACCUGUUUCCAAACUGCUUCUUCAACUAUGAUGAAAACAUAAAUACCUCCAAAGUAAGGACAGUCUAAAGAUAACAAUAAAUUUGUAUCACUUUGUUAAGUGUGCUAAAGGUAUUAGUAUAUAAAGCAUUAGGUUUGCAAUCUCUGUCUCUUUUCCCCAAAUUGGUAGCUUAGAAAGACGUUGGUAUGUUUUAUUUCAACCAAAAUGACCUUGUUUGAAAUGCUCAAGCAGUAAUUUGUUUUGUCAUUUUUAUUACAUUAGGCCCUGUUUUGCUUUAAAAUGCCUUUAAAUGUACAUAUUCUUAGCUAGGUGUUGCAUGAUGAAUGCUGCAGGAAGCGAUACCUUUCCAGAGAGGGUUUUCAGAUGGUAUAUGAUGUAACAAAGGCAUUCUUCAGUGCCUCAUAUGCUAGACUUUAGUGUCUGCACUUCCAAGAAACAUGGAGUGAUUGGUAAGAAGAAAUUUAGAAAGUUAUAUUUAGACAUCUUUAGAAUUUUAACUGCCCUAAACUGUACAUCUGUACUUAAAAAUACAAAUGCCUCUAACUCUCCUAACUCAAGUGGAUUUUAAGAAAAAUUGCAGUCUGCUUAAGAAAUCGUAAUAUUUGGGAUAGAUUAUUUGUGGCCCAGAUGUCCAUGAGUUAACUUUGUAUUUUUCUCCCUAAUUUUUAUUUCUCACUGAACUAAUAAACAUUAAGCACCUUUCA